GGAGCUGCACCAAGAUCCGGAGGGAAUUUUGUCAGACCAGACACCUUAAUACGAAAAUGGCACGUGAUGGGGGGAUGAAAAGCGACAGCAGAGUCACCUCCUGAGCUGCUGGAUACCGUCAGGCAUCGCGAUCACCUGGUCCACCCUGAAUAAUCUUCGUUUUGGAAUAGGGCUGCCUCAGCGUACAAGAGGGUUUCAACAGAUUAAUGGGCCAGUGUGUGUGAAUAUGCAAAUGUGACUGAUCCUGGAUGAUCACCAAGACCACCUUCUAAAGAAUUGCUGAUUGGCUGCCCCUCUACCUGUGCCACAAUGCCAUUGGCUGUGGAUGAGACUGCAGGGGACCUUCCAGUAAGAGAUCUCGGUCCAAGAGGAGGUCUCGUGCCUUCAGUGUAUGCUUCCCCCAGAAAUGUGACGUCAAUGAGGAAGCCCCAGGUCAUGAAGAUAAAAGAUCGCUGGCCCAUGUACCGUAUGUCAAGAGAGCAGCUGGAGGACCAGUGCUCUCGCCUACAGGAGGAGAACACCGUCUUGAAACAGCACUGCCGCAUGCAGGAGCGCAAGAUGCGCAGAUUGUCCACAAAGUUAAUGCAGCUGCAGCAGAGGCAUCCUGGGGCAGGCAGUGCCUGGGAGAAGGAAUUGGAUGAGACCGUGCAGGAGCUAGAGGCCCGCGUGGCCACGCUGGAGACCCAGAAGGAGGCGCUGCAGAGCAAGCUGGACCUGGCCAAGCAGCAAUUCCUAGAGCUGGGGAACAGGGUCCAUUCCCGAGUUAGAGGUCGAGUCCCGGACAGAAGUAGGGGGGUUCGGAGGGCUGCCCAGACUGCACCUCCCCACUGUGGACUCAUUUCCCAGGCAGACAGUCAUGGAGAGACAGGGAGGCUUGCCACCAGCAUGCAGCAGUCAAGGGUGGAGGAGCUAGAGCUGACUGCCCUGUCACUGACAGACGUGAGGGAGAGGGAGAGCGAGGUUACAGUGGCCUUGAGGGAGCUAAGGAGACAACAGGCUGAUAACAACAGAGUGGCAAUACAGGAAAACCUGGAUGUGAUUCACCUACAGAAACAGCUGGCAGAUAAGGGAGCGGCCCUGCUAGUUAUUCAGGAGAAGGUUAACGUGCUGCAGGAGUCAUAUGAAGCCAGGCUAGAAGAGAGUCAAAAGGCACUUAAGCAGUGUCAAGAGGCUCUUCUGGAGAAGGUGGGGGAACUAACAGAAGAGUUGAAACAAGAACGAGAGAAGACGUUAACUAUGGAAGGCCAGCUGAGUACUGCCACGGUAUCGGUGCAAGCUUUGGAGGAGUUCCAAGAACGAGUGGCUGACCUGGAAAGGGAGAGGAACCUGUUGAAGGACAGUUAUGAUGGACUUCUGGAAAGUACUAUCGCUGCCCGGGACCAUCAUAAAAUGCACGAGGGCCAACUGGACAAGAACCAAAUGCUGCAGGAGCAGACUUGGAGGGUGGAGAUUCACAGACUGCAUCAGGAGCUCAGAGCUGAGAGACAGGAGAAGGAGAGGCUAGAGGAGGAGUGCAAGAGAAUACAGCAGGAGAACAACAGCACCAAAGAACUGCAGCAACAAGAGAGAAACACCAAAGAGACCGAACAGGAAAAGCAUGCUUCUCUGGAGAAGGAAGUCCUGCACUACAAAGAGAUAGUGACAUCACUGCAAGAGAAACUGGAUUCAGUGGCUGAGGCAUUUGAUAUGAGCGUUGAGAACCUCAGUGAAACACUUUUGCAAAUCAAGAAAUUCAGGCUCAUGUAUGAAGCGGAGGAACGACUGCGCUUUCUGGGUGACGAUGGGAAGGUGCAGGAGGGGCGUAGAGAGCUGGCGGACGUGCGGGCUGCACACGCAGAGACUGUGUUGGAGCUGCGGAAGACCAGAGAGAUGCUGCUUCUGCAGAGCCGCAUCAGCAAGGAUUUCCAGGCUGAGUUGAACAUCGUCAAGGAGAGAGCAGAGCGAGAGCGAGAAGAAAGCCAGAGGAGGACAGCAGAGACAGACAGACAGCUGGAAAGAAGAGCCCAGAGAAUCACUACUUUACAGGCUCAGCUCAAGGACUUGGCCUACAGCCCCAGGAGCUAUAAACGGACCAUUCCACUUCAGUACAACUGGGCUGGGGGUGGCCAAGAGGAAGGGGAGGAUGACCUGAUCUUUGGGCAGCUGCAGCCUGGAGAGUCCCUGCUAGAGAUUCACCUGAGCGGAGCCAGUUUCACAUCUGCGGGGCUCCGGGCCAUGACACAAAGCUCGGAGCCCAGUGAGCGUGAAGCCUCUGGCCAGAAGGUCAUGACCUUUUGCACCUAUGCCCUUUUGGACUUCGAAAUGCACUCCACUCCUCUGGUGUCAGGAGUGCAACCCAAUUACGGCUUCACCUCCCACUACCCGCUCUCCCCGCUGGACUUCGAAAAGCUGGGAGAGGCAGAUGGAAGAAUCAGGGCAGAGCUGCACCAGGCACUUGGCGGGAUUCAAUUCAGAACUUGCGGUGAUGGUUGGAUCCCACUGUCUGGAGCCAUGGAGAAGAGAGGCGAGCGAGUGGAAGGGAAAGCCAAUAUUACAGAUGUGCGGGGUGAGACUAUCGGGAUUCUGGAGUUCUGGGUACGCGUCUACCCACCUGUGCAGCCGACUCGCAGCCUGGGAGACAGACAGACUUUGCCGAGUGCUCACUCCCAGGGGGCUUUGAGCUGGCAAGGCAACGUCAGAGAGGAAAUGUAUGACUUUGGCGGAGGAAUUCCUAACGAGCUGGAAGUGGUGCUGGAGCGAUGCGUUGACCUCAGUGCACAUUGGCCUGGACUACUUCCAGAUGCCUACCUGCUCUACCGUCUCUAUGAUCUGCCGCCACAUGUCUCUCCGACCAUCCCUUGCUGCACAAACCCUGUGUUCAAUGACUCAGCGUCUUACCCACUGGCGAUGACCCAAGACGUGCUGGCCUACCUGCAUAGUAACAGUCUGUGGGUCUAUGUGUUUGAUGACCGUGAUGACCCGCUUCCUCCAUCCUAUCUAGCCAAGACACCCAUCCCACUGCGGCCAUUGUCAGUUGGCAGACAAGUGAGAGGUGACUUUGUGCUUAGAGAUUCUGGAGGCAGACCAAGAGGCAUGGUCAGAGUGUCCCUCCGAUGGAAGUACCCUUUACAGUCACCAGAGGUAUCUCAAACAACAAAGGCAAUUGACAGAGAGGAACAAGAAAGACCCACUGCCAAGCCUAGGGUGAAGCACUGCAUGUGUUUGUUGGCCAUCAGUUUAAGCGAUUGUACAUGUGCUGCCAAUGAUGUGAAAAGUGAGUUUUCAAGACGAAUUGCUGUCUCUAAAAUGUCCACAGUGUAUGUGCUGGUUGGAAGAUGGAUGUGCGUAUAUAAGUUUGUUUCACUUUUGCUUCCUGUUUGUCAGUCUAAGACAGGCCUCCCCAAACGUGAAAUGGUUUACAGAGACUCCCAUACACCGUCCAGACCUCUGUCAGCUGUCUUGAGACGGCCGCGAAGUAGCCCCUUUAAUGCAUCUGAACCAGAGAGAGGCCCCUCUCGUUGGUCAGCGGACCCUGCGAUGCCCUGCCUCAUGUCUGGGGGAGAUCAAGUCACAUCCCUGCAGUCACCUGCCAGAAGGCGAACCUCACGCCUGAGGUCACAUGGCCUGGUGCGAGGAAAACCUCAGCCUACUUCUCUACGUCCUGCAAACAGCCCAAUUACUGAAUUCCAACACAAGGAAGGUCCGUCCGUAGAGGACGAAGCAGGAACAAACACUCUUAUGGGAGGAGAGGAUGAAGAAGAGGAGUGUGGGAGAAAUGAAAAAGUUCAUAUGGACAGUGAUAUCACUGAAUCCAGUGAAUCAAGAGCAUCCUCUGACAGUGAUAUCAUCAUAAUACCAAAGCCAUCUCAGCUGCAUGUGGAGGAAAAUAAACUGCAUGUGGAGAUUCUCUCUCUCUCUUUUCAUCCCACCUCCCAUGUUGCUCUUGACCAAUCAGUGCAACAAGUUUAUGUUGAGUACCGCCUAUUCGGGGUUCCCAUGGAAACCACAGAGACGCCUAUGUCUCUUCGGAAACCAGCUUGUGGAGAAGAAAUACAUUACAACUUCACAAGAGUGAUCUAUGUGGACAGGGCAGAGGCAGCACCCCUCAGACAGUAUCUCUACACUAUGCUGGAGGGCACUGACCCCAACCAUGGAAGAUUGAAGUUCACAGUGGUGAGUGAGCCAAUGGAUGAGCAGGAGGAGGAGUGUGUGGAUAUUGGCCAUGCCUACCUAGAUUUGCAGGAACUUCUGCUGACAGGAAAUGAUGUCAUUGAGCGCAAAAUUGACAUUUACAGUGUGGGUGAAGAUCUGGAGGUGGUGGGCAAGCUGAAGGUAUCUCUGGAAGCAGCUCAGACUCUUACAGGAAUUUACUGGGAGUAUCGUAACUUGAGAGAAAGAGAGGAUGAGCAGAAAAAAGCUGAGGAAGGAAACACUGAAGCAGAAGAUAUGGAGCCUCUUCAAUCGGAGAAGGAUGAUGAGGCCGAUGACCAUAACAGAUAAAUAUUGACGUGCUACCUGGAAAGUGCUUAUGUGAUGCUGUUUGAAAGUAAAACAGACUGAAUUUUAAAAAGAAACACUUAGUCAGAGUUAAGAUACUCAAUUGAAUCAAUUGUCAGUUAUACAGCAUCCAAAGGAGAUAAUGCCCACAUUUAGAAAAUAUAUAAUGUCAGUUAAUUAGUAGUACCCAUAAUGUGACACAACUGGUGCUUCCUCUAUGAGACAAUAAAAUGGCUUAAAUUAGAGCAGUGAAAGAAUCAUAAUGCAUCUGCUCUGCUAUUUGUGAAGCUGGGUUUUUUUAACCAGAAAGAAUCAGAAAAGCAACCUAACCUGCAGACCCAAAUUCUAUAAAUGAUUCAAUCCAAAAUAGAUAACAGCAGGUAUUUUUGACCAGUACAAGAAAUCCAGUUAGCUCGCUGGAUCUGAGAGUGAGGAAGGACGGAUAGAACAGCCAUGUGAUUCUCUACACUAUGUGAUUCGAGCACACCAGUGGGAAUCUGCCAAAAUCUAUUACAAAUUAUAGCGGAAAUCAAUGUUUUACAUGCCGAUUUGCAAUUAUUUACCACCACUGUAAGAUUGUUUUCUGGUAAAUGUGAGACUGCCCUACGCAGCCACUCGCCCUGUACAUUUAAGUUCUAAAUCCACAUAUUCUCAAUUUGUUGGAGAGGAAAAACACGUAUACAUGGAAUUUUUCCUGUUAACCCUGCUAUACAUUGACUUACAGGAUAAAGAGCAAAUUCAAGAAAAUAAUAAAGAAACUCAUUUUACCUAAACUCGGGGAUAGGCCCACACAGUAUAAAAAUAAAAAA